AUGCCCGACACAAAUCCUUGCCCCUUUUGCGGCUUUGAGCCGGAACAAGGAGAGCCUGAACUUCUUUUACAGCAUAUCGAGAAACAUCACCCAGACGGUGAACAGUCCCCCUUCACCGACAACGCAGAAGCAGUCGUGUGCCGAGAAGAUGGUUGCGGUGAGCUUGUCCAGCUUGAUGAGCUAGCGUUCCACCUGGAACUUCAUGAGCUCGAGGCGCAGGGCGCAACGCCUGAGCCAGGACCUGGAUCUGAACCUGAGCCUGCCGCGGAAAAAGCUCCGUCUAGACAUCGAAAAUCGGCGACAGCGACUAGGGAGAGAUCCCGCAAGCAAAAGACCAGCGCUAUCCAGGCGAUGAAAGACCUCCUGACAGGUCACAGCAGUAGGUCGAGCCACAGUCGUGAAAGCACCAGUAGUCGCACUCGCCACAAAACUAAAAGGGAAGAGGCUGGUAUCACAAAGAGUCCUGAUAGAGGUUCUUCUUCUCGAACUAGGCAUGGGGAACGACGUCGAAAGUCUGGCCGUUUGGGGAGAUCGGAGCUUGGCAGAUUCGCACAUGAAAAGAAGAUGCCCCCAUGGCUCGUAGAUCUUCUUGAAAAAGAUGGCCAAGUCGUUAAUAACGACAUUUUGCCUGUUCUAAUUCAACUCCUCGAACAAAACCCUUCAACACAAUAUGCCUACGUCUGCCGACCUGCGGUGCAGCAUAUUUCCAAGUUGAAGCAGGAAGGUGGUUUCUGUGGUUAUCGAAACAUCCAGAUGCUCACAUCUGACAUCAUCUCUGCGAAAACUCCAGGCUCUCAGCACUUUGGCGAGAGCUUUCCUAAUAUCUUUCAGAUCCAGAAUUUGAUCGAAAACGCUUGGGAUAGUGGUAUCAACGCUCAGGGUAGAGCAGAAACUGGAGGUAUCAGGGGAACACGGAAGUACAUUGGUACACCAGAGGUAGUAUAUCCUGCUUGUUCGGUUCAAGCAUUCAAAGAUCCGGAACGCGGUAGGUCUAAGCAGCACCUCUUCGAAGCUAUCGAGAGAUACUUCCAAGGAGGCGUUACCAGCGUAGAGGACCGGAUCCAUUGCACAAACCUACCACCGAUCUAUCUACAGCAUCCAGGUAAGAUGCGAGAACCGUUUACAGAGAGCGCAAGGGCUAAGAUUGGAACAGGACACUCUCUGACUAUCGUCGGGUUCGAGAAGCAGAUGGAUGGCCACACAAACCUCUUGGUAUUCGACCCUAGCUUCCGUGAUUCUACUAAGAUUAGAGAUCUCGUCGGGAAAACAUUUCGGUUGAAAGGCUCUUCUAUCGACGGACUCCUGAAACCAUACCGUCGUGGUUCCCACUACUUCCGCAGACACAACCAAUAUGAAGUGCUCUAUCUCACAAAAUAUGCAUCUGUGGCCUAG